UGAAAAACAAAAACCACGACGAAGUAAACGGUUGAAAAAUAUAUAGUUUACAAUUACGCGUUCAAGACGAAGUACUGACGAUCGUUAUUUCGUCGACUGUUUUCCGAUCGACCGUCGAAUUGUUACGCGGAAAAGAGAUUUUGGACCGCAGGCGAACGGCUCAGCGCGAUACCGACGGUAUUCGCACUUUAACGUAUCGGUCGUUUCGGAGCACGGUCGGAAUUGCUGGCUUUUUAUCGGUCCCCGGACGGUCGCGUUGAUAACGCGUGAAAACCGAUACACAUUUCGAACAACGAUAUCGUCGUCGGACAACUAACCGGAACCGAACAGCGACACGCGCACGCCGUUGCCCUGAGCCGCCAUCGUCCGGUGCCGGUGCACGAUCACGUCCCGGGUCGAAGAGUCGCAGCGGAAAACACGUUCGUCGCGCGAGCGCCCGCGCCACUCGUCUCCCGACUUCCGGUUUCCCGGCCAUCCCGUUACAGUCAUGAGGAAGUCGCUGGAGGAUCUCGGCAACAAGAACGUCGUGAACGGCAGCAGGGCUCAGCAGGACACGGUUGACACCGCCGCCGCCAAGACCGCGAAAUCGCAGAACCCGGCCGACGAUCAUGAGACCGCUGUCACAGAUCAAAAUGAAAUAUUGACCAUGGCCAACGUCGAUCCGUCCUGGUACAACCAAUUGAUUAUCAACGAUCUCACUUCAACCGCUGGCCCAAGUGAAAAAUAUUGGGAAGUGAUUGCUGAACGCCGCAGAGAAGCUUUAGAAGCCGUUUUGGAAGAAAAUCAACUGUUACAUAAAGUAGUUAGUGCUCUGGAAGAAGAAAACAUGAUUACCAAAACAUUGAUCGAGUACAGCACAGAACUUAUUAAUAAAUUACAGGAAUUUUUUAAAAAAGAACAUUUUUCUUUUGACGAUGAGUUAUCUUCUGAAGAAAACAGCGAUUUGAACACACCAGACAGUCAAGACAACGAUCAACAUAUAAAUAAAAAAAUGAAAAUAUCACACUCUGGUGAAUGUUCAGAUAGUGAAUAAGACUGAAAGUUCUAUUUAUAAUAAAAAUUCAGGUUAACUACCUCAUUAUUAUUUAUUUAAAAAUAACUGGU